AUGGCAGCUGCGGCCGCCAUGCUCGACGAAAGACACCCCGAUUUGCCAACCAAGCCGAACGACGACAACACCUACAUACUUGGACGGAUCCAUGUCCACAACGUGGUCAUCGCCUGCCUUCCCUCCGGCGUGUAUGGCACGACAUCAGCCGCCACCAUUGCGAGCCAAAUCCGCUUGACGUUCCCCUCGAUUCGAAUCGGAUUGAUGGUCGGCAUUGGCGGUGGAGUCCCUGGAACGUCGGAGGAUGUCAGGCUAGGAGAUGUGGUUGUCAGCAAGCCAACAAGGGACUAUGGGGGCAUUGUACAAUACGAUUAUGGAAAGUCGUUGGCCGGGGGAGUAUUUGCUCGACAAGGAGUGCUUAACAAGCCCCCGCCCAUCCUUCUAACCGCGAUUUCUCGAUUGCAGGCCGCGCACUUGACCAGACCAAGUCAAAUCUCGUGGCUCGUGUCGCAAGCCGCCCGGUCCUCUUGUUUCGCAUACCCUGGCGCUGACCGUGACAUCCUUUUCGAUUCCGAAUAUGAUCACCUAAACCCGGAAAGCACCUGCACGGACUGUGAUCCGAACAGACGCAUGAAACGGUCAAUUCGCACUUCGCAGGAUCCGAAGAUUCAUUACGGGCUUAUCGCGUCUGCGAAUCAGGUCAUGAAGGACGGUUGCUUGAGGGACAAGCUGGCCCGUGACCUCGGCAUACUUUGCUUUGAGAUGGAGGCAGCAGGCCUGAUGGACAGCUUUCCGUGUCUAGUUGUCCGGGGCAUCUGCGACUACUCGGAUUCUCACAAGACUAAGGAGUGGCAGGGGUAUGCAGCGGCAACAGCCGCCGCCUACACCAAGGAAUUGCUAUCGAUUAUUCAUGGAAAACAACUCGAGGACGAACCAUCGAAGCUCUCCGCCGACAACAAGGAGCUCCUUGAGCAGAUUUCUAGUUACCAGCACGAACAGGUUCAUAGAAGGCUUGCGCACAAAAGACUGAGUGGUACUACUCAAUGGUUCUUGGAAAAUUCCGAAUUCAAGGCGUGGUCGGAGAGACGCUCGAACAAGUUAUGGUGCACCGGGAAAACCUUGUGUAGUCUGAUUAGACAACUAGGUGAAUUCGUUCAUCGGACCGCAGGACCAUGGCCAGCGCACCUGAGAAAAGAGAUUGUGACAUUCUUUGCUAGAAGAAAGAUAAUGCCCGAUUUCAACGACUUGCAGAACAUAUUCAUACAACUAUUUGACCUAGUGCCGAUGGCCACAUAUGUCUUGGAUGGGCUCGAUGCGAUGGAGGAAGAACAAUGCAAGCUUUUACUUACCUUCAUCCGCUCACUAUUCUCCGGAGCAAGAGAGCUCAAAGGGCAACGUAUUCUCCUCUUUAGCCGAGACCAAAUACCAGGUUAUGUCAACCUCGCGACACUCAUACCUGGGAUCGGUCGGAUCUCCACCUUCGACAACACCAUGAGCGAUAUUCGGACCUUCAUUGACUAUAGUAUUAGUGAUAAGUCAAUGUAUCGGAAGCUCACAGACGAUCGCCUCUUAUUAGAAGAAACCAAGGAUGUACUUCUCAAUGAGUCCUCGGGAAUGUUUCUCUGGGUCCAUCUUCAGCUUGAGAUUCUCUGGAGCACUUGUUUCACAGACGCCGAAGUUCGCUCAGCGUUGCGUCAACUGCCAAAGGAUCUUGAGGAGACAUAUCGAUAUUGCGCCAACAGAAUUAACACCCACGACACAAGAGCAUUGAAAGUGCUGAAGUGGGUCGGCUUCGCGUCACGGCCUCUACAUCUCGAAGAGUUAAGGGAAGCAGUAGCCUUUGAAAGAGAAGACACAGCAUUUGACAGCAACAAGCUCCCUCAACGUGACUUCAUCAUUGGCUCUUGCGCUAAUCUUGUGGUUCUAGACCCAAUAGAUCUCUGCGUCCGAUUCGCCCAUUCUUCGAUCAAACAGUAUUUGGUGAAAAAUGGUCUUGCUGGCCUUCAGAGCGCCUUCAAUGAACACUGCUUCGACGAAGAACAGGGAGAGCUUGAUUGCGGAGAAUUCUGCAUUGCGUAUCUCUGCUUCUCCAAUUUCAGCCUUCAGCUUGAGCACAAAUGCAAUGUAACGAGAGAGGCGGUGGUCCCAAGCCCUGUACUAUUUGCAGGCCCGGCACUGAACUCUUCUCUGAGAUAUCUUUUUCGGGUACCGGAUAGCCCCAGGCCCCGGAGAACCCUACAGUUACGCACUAUCCGCACAUCGACCAUCCCCGAUCGAAGCCAGUACAAGUUCCUGAAUUAUGCCAUAGUUAACUGGAUUGGUCAGACGAGAUUUCUCGCAAGAGACUCCGCCAUGUGGGAGAAGUUCGAGAAGCUCGCGACGUGCUUUAAUGAGACCUGGAAUUUUCAUCCAUGGAAGCCUGGCGGCCGCUCCAUCCGGUCUCAGUUACAUAGUCUUUUCGGAUGGGCUGUGCGAGACAAUCACGAACCGCUUCUCUCGAUAGCGCUCAACUGGAAGAAGGAGAUCUUGCAGAUUUCACUCCAUGUUGCCUCUAAGCUGGGGCACCACGACAUUGCUCGAACGUUGAUCAAGUUCUGCGAUGUCAACAUGUUAGAUGGAGUGGGGUACACGCCUCUACAUCACGCCGUCGCCCGUAGUGACACUGAGAUGGCAUCGUUACUGCUUAGCGCGAAAGAAGUCAACACAGACCCAGUAUCGGUCAAAUGCGGGACACCGCUUAGCUUAGCGGCGCAACUGGGGCUUUAUGAGAUGGCAGAACUCCUGAUCCAACAUGGAGCUGCUGUACAGGAACCCAUCUGGGCGGCAAUAGUGCACGGAAACGAAGAGAUAAUCAAGCUUCUGGUUCAGCAUGGAGCCAGCGUGAACUACAAAGGCGAAAAUGGCCAGUCUGUGCUCGAUUACGCAGUCCGAUCCAAGCACAAAAAUAUGCCGAAAUUCCUACGCGGCCUGACGGAACAAAAGGUUCUUCUCCUUGGUAAGUGUGCUUUCUAG